GUAGGUAAGCCAAGUCGAAGUCCAUUCUCUACAUUUGUACACCUCAUAUAUUUUAGAAUAGUCAGUGGUCCUCAUUUAGCUUUGAAUUAUUUUGUUGUUUUUAAACAAUUCCAUAAUAGGCACAAUAGACCAUUCAGAUACAGAGACAUCAAAGUACAACCCAACCUCUGUUUAUUAGCUGUUCUGUUCUGAUACGGUUGUGAAGAAACAUUUUAAAGACAAAUAUUUUUCUUAAUGAAAGACAGUCUGUUUUGAGACUGCGGACCGUUGCACCUGACGUGACCUAAAACGUGGAGGAAUGUGGUUAUCUAUCCGUUUAAGAAAAUCGAGAAUGCGACACUGACUGCGACUGCGCGAAUUUGCAGGAAGUGUUAAUAGUCGUUUCACCAGCUGAUAAAUUGUCAACAGUCUCAAGACGGGGACCUCUGAUCGUUUCAGAGACAGCGCCGACAUUGUCACUGAGAGAAAAAGAGGAGAGGUAGAGAAAGAAUUCACAUCCCAGAGUCCCCUGUAGUCUGAGCUCCCAUCACUGGGAGGCCCCGCCCUCCUCACCUCUGUCACCAUGGCUACCAGAGGGAGUGGCCGGCCCAAUUGCACGCUGCCCCAGACAAAGAUAUGCCAGUUUAAACUGGUGUUGCUGGGAGACAUGGCUGUGGGCAAGUCCAGCCUGGUGCUGCGCUUCGUCAAGGGACAGUUUGAUGAGUUCCAGGAGACCACCAUCGGAGCUGCAUUCCUGGCCCAGUCUGUGUGUCUAGAUGACACCACGGUGAAGUUUGAGAUCUGGGACACGGCGGGACAGGAGCGCUACCACAGUCUGGCUCCCAUGUACUACCGCGGGGCACAGGCAGCUAUUGUGGUCUUUGACAUCACCAAGCCGGAGACAUUUGAGCGAGCCAAAGCCUGGGUGAAGGAGCUACAGAGGCAGGCUAGCCCCAACAUUGUCAUCGCUCUGGCAGGGAACAAGGCUGACCUGGCUGAGAAGAGACUAGUGGAGUAUGAGGAGGCCCAGACCUAUUCUGAAGACACUGGGCUUCUCUUCAUGGAGACCUCUGCCAAGACCGCCAUGAAUGUCAACGAACUGUUCCUGGCCAUUGCCAAAAAGAUGCCAAAAACCGACACCCAGAACCCUACACACGCAGCACGACACCGGGGCGUGAACCUACAGGACCCUGACGCCCACAACACCCGAUCUUGCUGUGGAGGAGGAGGGAACUAGGACCGCUCCACCUCCACCCUGCCCCCAACCUCUGGGGUCGGGCAGGGGGACACCCCCUUCAAACCUCCACCCUCAGAGAGAGAGGGAGAGAGUGUUGUCUUUUGCGAAGCCAGACAGCCAUUUCUGAGACAGAGAGAGGUCUGACAGACAGGAAGAGAAAAAAAGAGUGUAUGUUGUUUUGCGUUCUGUCUGUCUCGAUUCAUUUUAAUCAUGGUUCCAUUUCAUUAUGCAAUCGCUGCAGUGUCAGUUCUUGAGUGGCAGAGAGGGAAGAAAGGAGAGAUGGAGCGAGGGAGUCAAAGGGAUGAGGGGAAAAAAAGAGUGAAUGGGAUGCAGGUCACACUCCCUCCUUAAAGUAUUCUUAUUACUGCUGUCCUGAAUGCCCCCUCAUCACCCCCUCUAGCAUGAGCCCCAGGCAGCCUGAACAACCUUAACCCAACCCUGAAGCCUUGGCAUGGCCUGAGCCAUUCCAGACACUCCCCAGUCGCCACAGAUAGAAUAACCCAUGUUAGAUGGCACAGGUUACCCACAAUCGCAUGAGAGGGAGGGAAAACACGGUUCAUGGCCUCUUCUGAUGCCCUUAUUUCCUCUGGCAUCCUUAUUUAUUUUCCCCUAGGCUAUAUUAUUAUUAUUAUUAUUAUUAUUAUUACUUCUUAGAGCAGCUGUGUUGUGAGACAUCAUGCUGCCAAUGCCAGUCUGGUAUCAUCCAGGCCCCUCCUCCAUCUCACUUCCACCCACAGAUGUACAGUAGAUAUACACUGAAGAACCUAGAGUACAGUAUUUAUUUACUGUUGGGACUGAGUGAGUCUGCUCUAUGCCAUGUCUCAGUCUGGCUAGGCCCUUGCUGGAAAUUACAGCUGUUUCUAACAAUCAAUCCACUGUCUAGUGCAGAGUUUCCCAAACUCGGUCCUGGUCUAGUGCACAAUGGUGAUAUCCAGGGCUGCAGUUUCUCCUGGUCAGUUCACAUGAUCAGGAGAAAAUCCUUGCCUCUCCUAGUGAUACCUUAUAGUAGGUAUUGAUCUCAAAACCCUAGCCUGGUCCCAGAUCUGUUUGUGCUGUCUUGCCAACUCCCUAUGGUCGUCAAUGAUCGUAGAGUUGGCAAGACAGUACAAGCAGAUCUGGGACCAGGCUACUCAAACCCCUCUAGACCUGCAGUCCUGUAGGUAGGACACCAUUGUAUCUGGCCUGACAUGUUGUGAAUGCAUGGGACAUGAUAUACAUGCUAUGUUCUGCUGUUCCUCAUUUGUCCUGUGUCUUACUGCUUAAGAUUUGAUGUAAAUGAAAACAAUGUAAUAACGCUUUUAAUGACUGACUAACGAGCUGAUGCUGUUCAAAGCACUGGUGUUGAAAGAGACAGAGCUUUGGUGACAGAGCUACCCACUCUGUUGAUGGAUUCCAAAUUGACCCAUAACCCCUUGAAAGUCCAUAUAGAUCUGAAGGGAUUAGAUAAGGCAUUAUGAUAGUUGCUUCACCUUGUCUACUGAUAGACUGGGUGGAUUUAUUUUUGACAUAUUGCUUCUAACUCUCCAUUUGUUUUAGAUCUACAGGAGGUAGGGAGGGGAUAGGGAGGGAUCCAUUUGGAAUUGCGAUUGUGUGUCCAAGGUUUAGCUAAGAAGAAUAAGGGUGCUUACAAGGGGUUUGAAAAACCAAAAAAGAAGUGCCUACUCCGUUUUCCCCCCCUGUAUUCUUUGUUUUGGGUUUGCUUUGGGGUGUGUUCAAUAGGCAGAAGUCAAAAGUAAAGCAUAUCCCUGUAACCAUUAACCAAUAACUGACUGCACACUGUCUGCCAUUCUGCUCUUUGUACGGUUGUGAGGAGCUCUUUCGUCAAAUACACAAUGUAUUUUCACCUAAUUUUAUUGAAGCUGUUUUGUUUGUUGUUGAUUUUACUGACUGGAGUACCUAUGUCAUUAUCCUGGAAUGAAUCGCUAACUAACGGCCCGAAUCGAUGUGAUGAGCUCUACUUAAUUUUAAAACAAAAUUUUUUAAUGGACUGUCAUCGUGAUGAUUAACUGAUAAAUCCAUGAGUCACUUAUUCAUGAACUCUUCUAUGAUCACAGGUUAGUUCAGUGUUAUGUGUAAUAAUAAUGAAGUCCACACAACGUGAGGAAAAUACUCAAACUCCCACUCUGUAAAGUGUUGUUCAAUAAAGCUGUGCUAUUGCGCAAUGUGUGCAGUCAGUGAACAUGA